GGGCGUAGGUUUGUGAUGUGGCGGGUCGGUGCCCGCGGAUGGUGAGCUCCCCGCGUCUCGUCUGGACGAUAGGGGGGACGCCGGCGAGGGAGGGGCCCCUCCUCCGCCUCUGUGGGACCCAGGGAGGGGUUGGCUGAGCCCGCAGGGACCCUUGGCGCCUACGCGCGGCUCUGCGGUCCCCACGGCCCGAUGGCGGCGCGCGUGGACCCGGCCCAGGGCCCUCUGACAUGGUCUUGCUGAUUUUAGUUGCUUGUUCAGGAUCUGUUUCCAGCCCCGGAUCGUGAGUGCCUGUUGCUGCUCUAUGCCAAGACCUAGAACGGCCUGGGCUUGUAAAAGUUCUCAGAACUGCCUGGUGAAGUGGGAAUGAUUAUGGUAUCGAUGUGGAAACCAAGGCUUAGAGAAAUGAUGUGAUGUCCUCCCCACGGUCACAGCUGGCAAGUGUUGGAUUCAGUCUCUGGGAAUCUGGCUCCAGAACAAGGGACUUUUAGUCACUUUACCUCAGUGGUAAAGCAGCUCUCUGCGGGGGGCGGGCACACGGGGAGGACCUCGGCUACAACUGCUGCAGUUCUCAUUGUUGGGAGUUAUUAUCAUGAUCCUUUUCCCCGCUCCUCUCAUGUCCAGAUCACUUACUGCCCCCACUGUCCUCAUAGGAACACCACCCUCUGUCGUCUCCAGCGGCUACCCCAGGGGAGGCCUUUCUCUGAGCCCUAAUUGCACUACGUACAAAGGCUGCCUCUACCUCCCCCUUGAGCCCAGCACAGAGCCCUGCCUCAGGAGACCUGGGUCUCUCUGCACCUUCACCAGCAGCUGAGUAACAGGGUCUGACCCCAUCCAACAGCACAAGGCCAAGGCCACUACCUCUGUUUGACUUUCCAGGUUUUGGUUACCUUUAAGGACGUGGCUGUGACCUUCACCCAGGAAGAGUGGGGACAGCUGGAACUGGACCAGAGGGCCCUGUACCAGGAGGUGAUGCUGGAGACCUGUGGGCUUCUGGUCUCACUGGGGCACGCAGUCCCCGAAGCAGAGUUGAGGCACCUGCUGGAACAUGGGCGGGAGCUGUGGACUGGAAAGGGAGGCCUCUUGUGGAGCACCUGCCCAGGUGACAGCGCCAGACUUCGGACCAGAGACCCAAGCGCUUGUCAGCCGGUUUUGUCUGCGGGAGCCUGGCUCCGGGGAAGCCCGGCCCAGGGACCUUCAAGGGCCUCCAGGCUGGUGCAGGCCAGGGGUUGGGAAGGGCAUCUGGAAACGCAGAAAGGUCGACUGACGCCUGGGAGGGACGCUCACAAGACCCACCUUGAGAGAAUGAACCUUGAAGAUGACGGUUUGGGGACAGAGGACGGUCUGCACCACCAGGUGUUGCAAAAGAGAGUCUCUCCGGGAGAGGUGCUCCGUGAGCGGGACCCACGGGGACCGGACAGAGGCUGCGCGCUUCGUGCGGGGAGUGACCUCUACAGAUGCAAGCAGUGUGGGAAAGGUUUUAACCGCAAGUGGUACCUCGCGCGGCAUCAGCGGGUCCACACCGGCACAAAGCCCUACGAAUGCAACGCGUGCGGCAAAGCCUUCAGCCAGAGCUCGACCCUGAUCCGGCACUACCUCAUCCACACCGGGGAGAAACCGUACACAUGCCCGGAGUGCGGCAAGGCCUUCAAACGCAGGUCCUACCUCCUGCAGCACCGGCCGGUCCACACCGGGGAGAAGCCCUACGAGUGCGCCCAGUGUCGGAAGGCCUUCGCCCACCGCUCCACUUUCGUCCGGCACAGCCGCACCCACACGGGAGAGAAGCCCUUCGAGUGCAGGGCCUGCGAGCGGUCGUUCGGCAACCGAGCGCACCUGAUCCAGCACUACGUGGUGCACACGGGGCAGAAGCCGUACGAGUGCGCCGAGUGCGGCAAGGCCUUCCGCUGCGGCGCGGAGCUCCUGCAGCACCGGCGCGUGCACACCGGCGAGAGGCCUUUCGCGUGCGCCCAGUGCGGGAAGGCCUUCCACCGCAGCACCUACCUCCUGCAGCACUCGGUCGUCCACGCCGCGGAGGCGCCCCACCGCUGCCCCCAGUGCGGCAAGGCCUUCAAGCGCCGCUCACACCUGCUGCAGCACCGGCGGGUGCACCCCUGAGGGGGCCCCUCGCGCCCUACCCCGGCGCCUCUUCCGGCCCUCCGGAGGGGGUCCCCGGCGGGAAGCGCCGCUCGCCGCGCAGAACGGCGGGGAGAUUUGCUUGGCCCUCAGACGCUGGAGCGGCCCCACCGGGCGUGGGCCGCGUGCGGGCGGCCCCCCACCAUCGGACCCGAGCGGCGAACCGUGGGGGGCAGGGCACUCGGGCCGCCUCUGUCGGGGACGCACCGCGGAAGGAUGUUCCUGGCACAACCUAGGGGCCUCUAGCCAGAAGCGGCGCCUUCCCUGCCGUUGGAGAAUUCGGAACGAACGGGGGACGUCAAUGUCGUUGCCGUGAGAAAACCCAUGACACGUGGGCGCUUACGGUCAGGUGGAGAGUCACGCGGAGCGGACACUGCGGGGCCCUCCGGUGCCCGUGAAACGGCCGAGGGACAGGACGGGGGGCACUGUGCACUUACACGGACGUCGGCCACAGGUCUGCCACUCAGCCACCUCGGCAUCACUUUUAAAAGAAUAAAAAGAAGGGGUGGAAACAUAGACUUCAAAUGGAAGGAACGGAUGUCUUUACAAACUCUUUCACGUUUCCGUGCCGAACCUACUACAGUUUUUCAGCAGUUUUAAUGUUUUGGUGGGGGGUAUGUUUGAGAGGAAGGGUCUUAGCCCCCCCCCUUUUUUUUUUUAAAGUUUAUUUGUAUUUAUUUUUAGAGAGAGAGUGAGGGAGGGACGGAGAGAGAGAAUCCCAUGCAGGCUCCAGGCUCCAAGCUGUUAGCCCAGAGCCCUACUCAGGGCUUGAACUCAAGAACCAUGAUAUCAUGACCUAAGCCGAAAUCAAGAGCUGGAGGCUUAACCCACCGACCGGCCCCCGGCCUUUGUUUUUCUGUGUGUUCACUGCCACCCUGUGUCAGGAAAGUUGGGACAGUGAGGGCAACUCUACAGAAGUUUGCUGGAAGCCUGUGUUACAAUCAUCCCCACCCACGAGGAACGUAGUCCUUUGUGAGAAAUGUGAAGGCUGAGUCACGAGACACUUGGACUUCGAAGUUAGAACUCUGAAAAUAACACCGUGUGCCAUUUACACCCACACUGGCUGAGAGAAGGAAGCCAUGCACGGUGUCACAUUGAAACAUGCCCCCUCAAGACCAUUUACGGCUUUGAUACUUCGAAGUAAAGCUUCUGUUCGUGUGGUUUUUAAA